AUGCAUGAGGAAUCUGUCCAGCCGGAACUAGAACGGGAUCAGAAUCAGCCUGUGUCUGAAAAGCUCGAAGAAGUAAAUGUUCCUGAAAGUAAAGUAAAUAUAAAGAGCAAGCCAACUCCAAUAAUAAAGGAUUCUGAUAAGUCGAAAACUGCCAAGGUGACCAAAGUCAAUGUACAUAAGAAACAUGUUGCUAAAAAGACCAAGAUCCGCUUUCUUUAG